AUGGCGGUGGACCAGCUGGCGGAUUCGGGGGUGCAGGAGUUGCGCACCACUGGUUCUAGUUUGAGGUUGGAAGAUGUGGUUUUUCAGGACAGCGGGGCGACGCUUCUGUGUGACAUGUCCAUGAGCAGACCACGUCCUUUGGUACCGGCGGUCUGGCGCGCCCGCAUUUUCGAGGCUGUUCACUCCCUGUCUCACCCCGGUGUGAAAGCGACGGUGAAGUUGGUGAGUGAUAAGUUCGUGUGGCCUGGCCUCAAAAAAGACGUUAAGACUUGGGCCUCCACAUGCGUGGCCUGCCAGAGGGCCAAGGUGCAGCGUCACGUGAAAGCUCCCUUGGGUCCUUUUUCAGUUCCUGAGAGACGUUUUGAACAUGUCCAUGUGGACUUGGUGGGCCCUCUUCCCCCUUCCCGGGGGUUCACUCACCUCCUGACCAUGGUGGACAGGACCACUCGAUGGCCGGAGGUGGUGCCCCUGUUGUCUACUACUGCGGCAGACGUGGCCCGGGCUUUUAUUUAUUCGUGGGUGGCGCGAUUUGGGGUUCCUCUGGACCUGACUUCUGAUAGGGGCCCCCAGUUCACCUCGGAGCUGUGGACUUCAGUGGCUGGGAGUUUGGGGGUUAAACUUCACCGGACCACGGCAUAUCAUCCGCAGGCUAACGGGUUAUGCGAGAGGUUUCACAGGACUAUGAAAGGUGCCCUCCGGGCCUCUCUUGUGGACAAUAGCUGGGUGGACAGGUUGCCGUGGGUUUUGUUGGGUUUACGUUCCGCCCCCAAGGAGGAUAUGCGCUCCUCCUCUGCUGAGUUGGUGCUGAGACUCAGCUCUUCCGAGGAGGGAACACAAGCCGAGAUAAUCACCAUGGCAACAAACUCAUCUGUAAAACCGAGCAGACCGGACAAUGACAGCCGCCGCAAACACCGGGGGCUUCAGGUGGUCCUUAUACAACCCAGACCGACAGCGUGA